AUGCACUGGCAACCUCUCGAUCAGGUCGGAAUAGUCUUGACAGACUACCAUUGCAAUUAUCUACUCAGCCUGACAUACCCCCUCUUCUUGGUCGCAUGGUGGCUGGGAAAGCCCCUGUCAACAUGUCAACAGUCGCCACACGGAGAAGCGGGGUGCAGCCUAUGUUUGCUGUCUAUCACUAUGGACAUCUUGUGCCCAAGGUUCAAGCCAAGCCAGCCUUGUUCAAGGUACAUGGCUAUUCUCCUCGGAGACCUUGGUAGUAAACUAUUCUCCUCGGAGACCUUGGUAGUAAAUGUUUUUUUUUCAAGCCCGCAUUAUACAUUACUGUGA